AUGGGCAUCAAGCCGCCGGAAGGAGAGGGGCUACUUCCUCCGAACCCAUACCUCACUCAUGCCGACCACAUCGUACUCGACAGUCUGUACAAAGAUAUACGGCAGGGCACAAAGAACUCGAAGCAAGGACAAAAUCAUGACCAGGCAGCGCUGGAUCACCUUCGUGCGCUGAACAACCCUUCACAUCCCAAAUUCGAGCCGACAGUGCUGUCAAUGUACGACAGGAAGGACAUCCCACCUUGGAUCAACCGCUUCAUUCUCGACCCGUAUGGCCGCGUUGCGACCAAGAUAGUGCGGCACCCUACCGAUGUCGUAUUCUUGACACACAUACUAUGGAAUACGCUCAUCGCAUUGCCGAGCGCGGUAUACCUCUUCUACAACUUCACAUAUGUACAUGCUGUCGCACAUGCAGUUCAUGCAGUCUGGUGCGCCGGGCCAUUCACACUCAUGAUGCACAACCACAUUCACAACCACGGUAUUCUGGCCAAGUCUUGGAAGAUGUUUGACUCUACAUUUCCCUAUGUACUUGAACCACUCCUGGGACAUACAUGGGACACGUACUACUACCAUCAUGUGAAGCAUCACCAUGUGGAGGCAAACGGCCCCGAAGACCUCUCCUCCACGAUACGUUACCAAAGAGACGAGCUUCUACACUUCAUGCAUUACGAGGGAAGAUUCUUGUUCCUGGUAUGGUAUGAUUUGCCACAGUACUUCAUCAAGAAGAAUCAACCUCUCUUGGCAUUGAAGACAUUCGCGUCAGAGAUCUCCAGUUACAUCUUCCUGUACUCCAUGGCGAGACUAAGUGGCAAAGCAUCGAUCUUUGUCUUCUUCAUUCCCCUCUUCUUCAUGCGCCUAGCACUGAUGAUCGGAAAUUGGGGCCAGCACGCUUUGGUUGAUGAGGUAGAACCAGAUCAUGACCUGAGGUCUAGCAUCACACUCAUUGAUGUGCCAAGCAACCGCUUCUGCUUCAACGACGGCUACCACACAUCGCAUCACCUCCACCCGCUUCGGCACUGGCGCGAGCAACCGAUCCACUUCAUGCAACAAAAGGAGCUAUACGCAAAUGAAAGGGCUCUUGUCUUCCACGACAUUGACUUCUUCAUGAUGACAAUCAGGCUCUUGUGCAAGGACUAUGCAACCCUUGCAGAUCACCUCGUACCAAUGGGCGAUCAAGCGAACAUGACCAAGGCUGAGAUCGCGGCGAUGUUGAAAUCGAAGACGAGAAGAUUCACAGAAGAGGAGAUACGGCAGAAGUUCAGGAAGAAGGGAUUGUCCUCACAGGCCCAGGUUGUGAAAGAUGAGCUUUAG